GUUCACACUAGUCUUGUCGGUGGUGCAUUCGGUAUCAAAAUAUCUCGCUGUGUUCAAGGGGCUAUAGCAGCAGCAUUAGUAGUCAAGAAGCUUAACAGACCAUGUCGUAUCAUCCAGUCUUUGACUACCAAUAUGAGGGCAAUAGGGAAGAGAAUACCUUGCUAUACUGACUUUCAGGCUGGUGUAAGUAACACUGGAGUUGUACAGUACAUAGACUACAGAAUAUUCCAGAAUGUCGGAUACUUGUUAAACGGAACUAUAAUAAAUUAUGUAGGCGUCGACGCAUUUAAUAAUGUGUACAACAGAUCACGUUGGUCGUAUAAGAAUUACAAUACUAUUACUGAUGUGGCAAAAAAUACUUGGACGAGAGGACCGGGUACAUUAGAAGCUGUGGCAAUGGCGGAAAUUCUGAUGGAAACCAUCUCAUACGAAAUGGGUCUCGAUCCCAUAGAAGUGAGACUAGCAAACCUAGAUGAUAAAUAUAAAAGUAACAUGAAAGAAAUGGUCAACGACAUAAUUAUAAAAUCUGAUUACAUUAACAGACGAGAAAUAGUUAAUAAGUUUAACGUGCAAAACAGAUGGAAGAAGCGAGGUUUGAGAAUGUCUUUCCUAAGAUGGACCCCGAUAGCUGGUCUCAAUUUGACUGUCACUUUAUCAGUAUUCCGCGGCGAUGGUUCCGUAGCUAUAACACAUGGAGGCAUAGACAUGGGGCAAGGAAUCAAUACUAAAGCUGUUCAAGUAGCAGCUUAUAUGCUAAAGAUUCCUAUUGAUAAGAUCAUUGUGAAAGGGAAUAAUACGGUUAUAGCUCCAAACUGUUCACCAUCAGCUGGCAGUAUUGUGAAUCAGAAUAUUGUUGUAGGAGUACGAAGAGCUUGUCAGGAACUACUGGAUAGGUUAAAACCUAUAAGGGAAAAGAUGGAGAAUCCUUCCUGGGUGGAGUUGAUAACCAAAGCAUAUAAUGACAAUGUGAACUUGCAAACCCAUGGGUUCACGAGAACGGAUGAAGCAUACCCUUUUGAUAUUUAUGGAGUAACGUUAGCUGAAGUGGAGUUAGAUGUCCUGACCGGACAGUUUGAGUUGCUGAGAGUGGAUCUAUGUGAGGAUGUGGGACAGAGUGUUAGUCCUGAAAUUGAUAUUGGUCAAGUGGAAGGUGCCUUCAUGAUGGGUGUGGGUUACUGGACAUGUGAGCGACUGGUCUAUACUCCUAAUGGAGAACUGCUGACCGACCGGACUUGGAACUACCACGUGCCGCUUGCAAGAGACGUUCCUCAGGAUUGGAGAGUUUAUUUCAGGAAGAAUUCCUAUUCUGAUGAUGCUGUUUUUGGUUCCAAAUGUGUUGGUGAGCCUCCAAUAUGCAUGGCAGUGGUUGUAGCGUUCGCUUUGAGAGAAGCUAUUACUGCAGCUAGACUGGAGUCUGGAAUACCCACCACAAAGUGGUUCCAAGAAGACGGGCCAUAUACAGUCGAAAGAAACUGUCUUCUGUCUUCAACGAAUAGUGAUGGUUUUAAGUUUAAAUAA